ACGAGAGGGAGAGGGGAGAGGCAUCUGAAUCAUCACCGGCGGGUCGUCGCUCGUUCCGACCCUCUGCACAUUGUCGCUGACCAUCUCUCGUUUCUUGCAGAUAUCGUCGCUGACCGUCUCUGCCAAAUAUCACCACACGCCAUGUCUUGCAGAUAUCGUCGCCGACCGUCUCUUUCGAAUACCACCACGCGCCGUCUCUUGCAGACAUCGUCGCCCACCGUCUCUUUCCCCUCGCCCACCGUUCCCCCUCGCCCUUCAUUCUCCCCUCGCCCUCCGUUCCCCUCGCCCUCCGUUCCCCUCGCCCCCCUUCCUUCCCCUCUCGGUCCCAGUAACUGACUCCCCCUUCGUCCGGCCAUGUUCCUUCCCCCUUUCCCCCUCCCCCUCCUUCCCCUCCGUCUCGAUACCUUACUCCCGCAUAGCGUUCCCAGUAGUCCACUUCCGCGCUGCGUUCCCGAUAUUCUACUCCUCCGCCGCGAUCUCGGGAUUCCACUCCUCCGCUACGGUCCCGAUACCUUACUCCCGUGCCGCGGUCUCAGGAUCCUAUUCCCGCGCCGCGGGAGGAGACAGGGGUGUGGAAAUGGAGGAGGGGGAGGGGAGAGGAGGGGGAGGUGCGAGGACGUGGGCGCAUGGGGAGGAGGGCAAAGGCGGUGCGGGGGAGAUGGAGUGAGGACGCGGAGCGGGGGAGAAGAAAAGGAAGACGCGGAGCGGGGGAGAAGAAAAGGAAGACGCGGAGUGGGCGAUAUGAAGAGAGGACGCGGUGCGAGGGAGGCGGUCGGAGGAACGAGCGGGAGCCUGAGGCGGUCGGAGGAACGAGUGAGAGGGAAGGGAAGGGAAGAGGGCGAGACGGGGGGAACCGAUCUCGGGGAGUCAGUCGAAGUGAGGGGGUUAGAGGACCGAGUGAGAGGGGUUUGGAGGAACGAGUGGGAGGCAGUUGGAGAAGCGAGUGCGGGGGAGAUGAAGAGAGACGCGGGGUGGGGGAGGGUGGGGGGGGAGGGAGGCGGUCGGAGGGGCGAGUGGGACGGUGAGAGGAGGAGCGAAUGGGAGGGUGAGAGGGGCGAGUGAGAGGGAAGGGAAGCGCCUGGGUGAUUCUACUAGGACGCUUGGGCAGAAAUGCGAGUAUUUGUGCAUGCAUAACCACUCGUCGUUUCGUCCGACUACAACGCUCGUCGUCUCGUACGGCCAUAAUGAGCAAAUGCGACUUCAAUAUCUCUCGGCGCGGCUUUCGAGAACAGCAACCGGACCGUGGUGCGUGGGGUCCGUCGAGAAC